UGUUAGGGAGGAGGAACAGCUCCCAGGGCAAGAUAGGACAGCCCAGGCCUUAUCAGAGUGCCUGAGCCAAAGAGGGAACUGGAGAGUGAGCACUUUCCAACCACUUCAUCUGAACAACAGACAGAUUGGCAGGAAAGGCCUGUCAGCCCUUUGCCUCUGCCACCCAGGCAGCCCUCAUCCAUGCAAAUAACCCGGCCACUCUUGAGGUGAAACACAGGAUGAGUGUAACAGCUCUACGGAACAGAAAAUAAAAAAGAAACUCCAGCCAGACCUUAGCUAGGAGAUGUAAUAUUUCCCCUAACGGCGUCCCACUCCACUCAGAGCCCAGAUUUCCAAGACUGCCAUGAAAUCUUUGGGAAAAUAAGUGUUUGGAAUUUGUGGAGAGCUCAUGCCAUGUUUGGGGAAUCUCUCUGCCAAGUGAGUCCUCCAAUAUCCGUGGGAGAGAUGCAGUCUUCCCCUGGAUUAAAUGCAAUACAAAAAGCACAAAAGGAAGAGGAGCUCAGGAACUGUGGACAUAUAUGGGGUGAAUAAACUGUUCCCAGAGGGAACAGGGUUUUGGGGUAGAUACUUACACUGCCUGCUGCUCUUCCCUGCAAAAGACAGAACCACGGCACAACCCAGAGGCUUUCCCCUCAAGCUCACCCGGGAUAUCGUUGCUGUGUAAGUCGUAUAAAGAGUGCUGGGGGUGUCUCCUUUAAAAGCAUUUCGCUGUGCUGUGCUGCCACCUGCUUUCACAGGUCCGGGAGUCUCCCCUCAGCUCUGACAGUACUCAUCUGUGCUCUAGAACUCCCGUGCCAGCACACCAGAAAAGGGGAGAACUUAUCACCAUGUUCCAAUGUUUAAGGGUGGCUACAGGGAAGAUGGAGACUCCAUUUUUAGGAGGAGUCACACGAAAAAAAUGAGGGGUAGUGGGUACAAGUUACUCCUGGGGAGAUUACGACUGGAUGCAAGAGGACAAUUUUUCACAAUGAGAACGAUCAGUCAUUGGAAUAAUCUCCCCAGGGAAGGGGUGCAUUCCCCAACACUGGGCACUUCUCAGAUCAGCUGGACAGGGUGCUGGGCUGUCUAAUCUAGACUGUGCUUUUGCCAAGGGAGGUUGGACCAGCUGAUCCCUUGAGAUCCCUUCCAAACUGGUAUUCUUUGAUUCCAUUAAAGUGUGCUACUGCUGCACCCUGCAGGCUGAAAACAGUUCUUUUAGUAUUAAUCACAACUUCUAAGCCAGGCUUAUGGUUUCGUGGGGUGAGGCUAGCUCCUGGGUAUUUGGGACUGGUUCUGUUUCCACCCCAUCCCAGAGCUCUCACAGAAGGAACACACCCAGCUGCCACCUUGCUGGGAUGAGUAGGAGGAAGAAGAGAAGCUGUAACAGACACACAGGCAAGCCACCAGCCCUGACUCAAAGACCCCACAGCGGUGGGGGACACAGGGCUCAGCUGUGCCAGAGAUGUCCCACAGGCUGGAUCCCCAUGGGAAAGGGAGAGCUCAGGAACAGGGGGGAGAUGGGCUGGAGACCUUCGCCUGCUGAAGCUGCUGCCUUGUUCUGUUUUAUCCCUCUAGACUGGCACAACAGAAGAGGCACAGGGAGAAACUGCCUGGCAGUGGCCACCUCAGAAAAAUCCAGUUGAGGUGAGGGGACCUGGGGAUGUGGUGAAGAGCACUGCCCCUCCUGGCACACCUCACACAUCCUGGGAUGCAGCGAGCCCAGCUUUCUACCAGGAAUUGGAGCCAUGUGUUCCUGUGCCCUCUAGCCCUUACUGGCUUUGCCAGAAGAACAAUCUGGGGGAUCUCCCACAAGAAACAUCUUUCAUUUUCUCACUGUUGGCCUUCAUCUUCAAUUUUUAAAGGAAAAAAAAUCCUAAUGGCAUUUCCCUCUUGCAUUGCCCCUUGGUACAGAGCUUGGGCCAAAGCUAAAUGAACCCAUUUGUCACUCAGCUGAGUCCCUUCUCUUCUGAAAUCUGGAGCACAAACUUCAUUUUCCCAUGUUCCAGUGAGAGCCCCAAGUCUGUGUGAGCCACAGGCAGAGUGCAAUCCUGAUCCCUUCCCUGUUUCCUAGAGAGGGAUAUAACAAUUUCCAGUUUUGUGUUGAGAACCUGAUUUGCCUCAGCAGGGCCUGCCACUCACACAAUGCCAUCUUUGUGAGCUUGGAUGAUGAAGAAAUCUCAACUAAACCCCUGGAUGAUGCUGUCCAGAACUGGAGGAAAGUGUGCACCAAUCCCGUGGAUAAAUUGGUGUCUACAUUUUCAUAAUUACUGGCUAAUGAGUCCUCUAGGAAGCUCAACAAGCUCUCAAGAGAGAGGCAGGAAUUCAAAUGAGCUGGUAAUACACUAGAGAAGAAGAAGAAUAACAGAGAAUUUGCAUUCCCAAAUCUCUCUAAGUGUGGGUAGUAAGGUUUGACCAGGGUGGUGGCCAUGUGGAAAAAAGAAAAGAUACCUGAGAGGGUUUGGCCUCCAGCCCACACAAACAGCACCUGCAGGGCUCUCACACAGCCAUGGCCAUCUACCUCAGCCAUGGACUGGCCUCGGGCUACUGAAGGACAAGGGUGUGGAGGCUGCCCUGGUCCAGCUCCAAGCCAAGCCUGGCCCAUGGCAUUGGCACGCACCUGCACUCCUGGCUAUAUAAAUACAGGCCUCCAGCUGGGGCUGUGUCCUCAGGGCUGCUCUCGCCAUGGCUCGCUGGCACAUCCUGGUCUUGGCCCUGUGCUCCUACCUUGGGGUAGCCUGGGCUGCGACCCUGGGGGUGGUGCUCACCGAGGGAGGAUUUGUGGAAGGCGAGAGUAAGAAACUGGGACUCUUUGGGAGCUACGUCGACAUCUUCAGAGGGAUUCCCUUUGCUGCCCCUCCAAAGACUCUGGAAGAUCCCCAACCUCAUCCUGGCUGGGAUGGAACGUUGGAAGCAAAAACAUUCAAAAAGCGCUGUAUGCAAAUGAAGCUGACACAGACUGAUGUCCGCGGGAGUGAGGACUGUCUGUACCUGAACAUCUGGAUCCCUCAAGGGAGGAGAGAGAUCUCUACAAAGCUGCCCGUGAUGGUUUUUAUCUACGGUGGCGCCUUCCUAGUCGGAGGCAGCCAGGGAGCCAAUUUCCUGGACAACUACCUGUACGAUGGGGAGGAGAUCGCAGUGCGGGGCAACGUCAUCGUGGUGACCGUCAACUACCGCCUGGGGCCGCUGGGCUUCCUGAGCACCGGCGAUGAAAACCUGCCAGGGAACUACGGGCUCAAGGACCAGCACAUGGCCAUUGCCUGGGUGAAGAGGAACAUCAAGGCCUUUGGGGGUGACCCAGACAACAUCACCAUCUUUGGGGAAUCGGCCGGUGCCGUCAGCGUCUCCCUGCAGACGCUGUCUCCAAAGAACAAGGGCCUGUUCAAGAGAGCCAUCAGCCAGAGUGGGGUUGGGGUGUGCAGCUGGGCCAUCCAGAGGGACCCGCUCUUCUGGGCUAAAAAGCUUGGAGAAAAGGUGGGCUGCUCCACAGACAACACCACCAUCUUGGCCAACUGCCUGCGCAGCUCUGAUCCCAAAACUUUGACACUGGCCUACCACCUGCAGCUGACCAACCUGCCCAUGCCCCUGGUGCACACCCUCGCCCUCACUCCUGUCGUCGAUGGGGAUUUCCUCCCAGACAUGCCAGAGAAGCUCUUUGCCAACGCUGCCGACAUCGACUACCUGGCCGGGGUCAAUAACAUGGAUGGGCACAUCUUUGCCGGCGUGGAUUUACCUGCCAUCAACCGCCCGCUGGUGAAAAUCACUGCGGAGCAGGUGUAUGAUUUGAUCAAAGGCCUCACUGUGGACAGGGGCGAGGCUGGAGCCAACGCCACCUACAACAUCUACACACAGAGCUGGGGUGACAAACCCAGUCAGGAGGUCAUGAAGAAGACAGUGGUGGACCUGGUCACUGACUACAUCUUCCUGAUUCCCACACAGUGGGCACUGAACCUGCACCUGCAGAAUGCCCAGAGUGGCAAGACCUACAGCUACGUGUUCUCCCAGCCGUCCCGCAUGCCUGUCUACCCCAGCUGGGUCGGGGCAGACCAUGCUGAUGACCUGCAGUACGUGUUUGGGAAGCCCUUUGCCACCCCCCUGGGCUACCUGCCCAAGCACAGGACCGUCUCAAAGGCCAUGAUUGCUUACUGGACCAAUUUUGCCAGGAGCGGUGAUCCCAACAAAGGCCAUUCGGACGUGCCCGUUUCCUGGCCAGCCUACAGCAACAAGGGCAAGUACUACCUGGAUAUCAACAACGAGAUGAACAAAAACUCUGUGAAGCAGGACCUGAGAUCUGAGUAUGUUUCCUUCUGGAACUCGGUCUAUCGGCAGCUGCCGCAGGUCGCCAACAUCUCCCAGUCGGAGUUAAUGUUCUGAACACUUAAAAGAUAGUUCAUUAAAGGCUUGCUUGUAACUGA